AUGUCCUCAGAAGUGGAACGACUGUUCAAACUAUGCGAUCCCGAGGGUAAAGGCUAUCUAACUAUGCAGGACCUCCACCACAUAUGUCCUCAACUCGAUCAGAAGGACAUUGAAUUCAUAUUCGCCCAAUUGGAUACUGAUGGCUCCGGCAGAAUUGAUAAAGAUGAAUUUUGCAAUGGAUUCAAAAAGGCGGUACUUGAAGGCGAGAACAGAGGUCUGGCAUUUUCAUCUGUUUGA